AUGCCUAUCUAUCCCUCUCUCAUAUCUAUUCUAUUCAUGCCUAUCUAUCAUUCCCCCUCUCUCCAUUUAUUCAUCAUCUAUAUUCCUCUUCAUCUCUCUCUUUAUUCAUGUCUAUCCAUCCAUCUCUUUAUUGAUGGCUCUUUAUUCAUCCCCUUUAUCUCAUCCUAUCCCUUUAUUCAUAUUCCUCUAUCCAUCUCCCUCUCUCUCUUUAUUAUCUCUAUAUCUAUAUUCUAUGCCACAUCUAUUCAUGCUCUAUCUGUCAUACCCUCAUUCCUCUCUGUUCAUACUUCUCCCUUUUCUCUCUUUUAUUCAUGCCUAUGUCCAUCCCUCCCCUCUUUUAUUCAGUUUCCCAUACUUCCAUUGCCUAUCUCUCUUUUAUUCAUGCCUAUCAUGCCUAUCCCAUUCAUUAAUUCAUGCCUCUACAUUGUCUCCCUCUCUUUAUUCAUAUCUAUAGAUUCAUAUCUCUCUCUCUUUAUUCAUGCCUAUCUAUCCCUAUUAUAUCUAUAUCUCUCUCUUUAUUCAUGCCUUCCCUCUCUCUCUGUCAUCUAUUCUAUUCAUGCCUAUUUCCUACAUUCAUUCUGUCUAUCCAUCCAUUCUAUUCAUGGCCUAUCUAUUCAUGCCUCUAUCCCAUUCUCUCUCUCUUUAUUUAUAUAUGAUCCCCUUUCUCUCUCUUUAUUCAUGCCUAUCUAUCCCUCUAUAUCCCAUAUCUAUAUCUCUCUCUCUUUAUUCAUGCCUAUCUAUCCCUCUCUCUGUCAUCCCUCCCCUCUAUACUUCUCCAUGCCCUCUUUUUCAUGCCUAUCAAUCCCAUUAUUAAUUAUCACAUUCAUCUCUCUCUUUAUUCAUGCCAUCCAUCUCUUUUUAUUUUCCAUUCAUGCCUAUUCAAUCCACAUUUUAUUCAUGCCUUCUAUUAUCUAUAUUCCUCUUUCUCUCUUUAUUCAUGCCUAUCAUCCCUCUCUCUCUCUUUUAUUCAUCUCUCUCUUUCAUGCCUUCAUGUCUAUCCAUCCAUCUCUCUUUCAUAUUGAUGGCUCUCAUGCCUAUCCCCUGUUUCUUUAUUCAUGCCCAUCCACAUGGCUCUCCUUAUCUCUCCCUUUCAUGCCUAUUUCCCUCUGCCUUCAUCUAUUCUAUCAUUCUCUCUCUUUAUUCCUCCUAUUGACAUGCCUAUCUAUCCCUCUCUCUAUUCAUGCCUAUCUAUUCAUACUUCUCCAUGCAUUCAUUCAUGCCUUUAUUCUAUUCAUGCCUAUCUUUUAUUCAUCCCUCCAUCCCUAUCUCUCUAUUCGUGGCUCUUUAUUCAUAUCUAUGCCUAUCCCUCUCUCUCUAUAUUCAUAUCUAUAUUCCCAUUCGUGCCUAUUGAUUCAUGUCUAUCCCUCUCUCUGUCUCUCUUCAUUCUUGUCAUCCCUCCCCCUCUUUAUUCAUACCUCUUUAUUCAUUAUUCCCAUAUUAAUUAUCUCCAUUCAUGUCUAUCCAUCCAUCUCUUUUAUUGAUGGCAUGCCUGCCUAUCUAUCCCUCCUCUCUCCCAUUUCCCUCUUUUAUUCAUGCCUAUCUAUCCCUGUCUAUUUUAUUUAUAUCUCUCUCUCUUUCUCUUUAUUCAUGUCUAUCCAUCUAUUUUCAUCUUUAUAUCAAUCCCAUUAUUAA